UGCUUCAAACCAAACAAUUUACUCAUUUUUUCUCCAAAAAUGCUCUUCUACUUCCUCGUCAUUAGUAAGCUAACUUUAAAAAUUUUAAAAUAAUUUUCAAGUUCCUGGUUUUCUAAUGUCGAAAUGGGACCGCCAGAUGCGAUUUUGGGUGUUACCGAGGCUUAUAAAAAAGAUACAAAUCCAAACAAGGUAAAUUUGGGAGCUGGAACUUAUCGAGACGACCAAGGAAAACCUUUCGUUUUGCCGAGUGUGAGGGAGGCGGAAGCACAAAUUAUCGCUGCUAAAUUGGAUAAAGAAUAUGCUGGGAUUGCUGGAAUCCCCGAUUUCACUUCAAAAGCAAUCCAAUUAGCUUUGGGAGACGAUUCUUCAGUGUUAAAAGAGAAGAGGAAUGCAACGGUUCAAUCAGUAUCAGGCACUGGCGCUUUAAGAACUGGAUCUGAAUUUUUGUCCAAAUGGUUUUCUUCUUCAAAAGUUGUUUAUCAACCAACACCAACUUGGGGCAAUCAUUUACCUGUCUUCAAAUUUGCUGGAAUGGAAAUUAAGCGUUAUCGUUAUUACGACCCUAAAACUUGUGGAUUUGAUGAAAAUGGGUGCUUGGAAGAUAUUUUGGCUAUACCUAAAGGUUCUGUGAUUCUUUUACAUGCUUGUGCCCAUAAUCCAACAGGAGUUGAUCCUAAUCCAGAGCAAUGGAUAAAAAUAUCGGAAGCUUGUAAACAACGCCAACUUUUUUGUUUCUUUGACAUGGCAUAUCAAGGUUUUGCUUCUGGUGAUGUAAACAGAGAUGCUCAUGCUGUUAGAUAUUUUGUGGAGUCUGGACAUAAUAUUUGUUUAGCACAAUCUUUUGCUAAAAAUAUGGGACUUUACGGUGAACGUGUCGGUACAUUUUCAAUAAUUUGUGAAAACGAGGAAGAAGCUAGUCGUGUACUUUCUCAAUUAAAAAUUAUCGUUAGACCAAUGAUUUCAAAUCCACCAAUUCAUGGGGCACGCAUUGCUGCAAAAAUACUUGGAGAUCCUGUUUUGAGAGCACAAUGGCUCGUAGACGUAAAAGGAAUGGCAAAUCGUAUAAUUACAAUGCGUGAUCAACUCAAAGAGCUUUUAAUUCGUGCUGGUUCUCAACGUAAUUGGGACCAUAUAGUUAAUCAAAUUGGAAUGUUUUGUUACACUGGAAUUAGUCCAGAACAGGUUGAUCGCUUAACCAAGGAAUUUAGCAUUUAUCUAACUCGAGAUGGACGUAUUUCUGUAGCUGGAAUAUCUUCAAAAAAUAUUGAAUAUUUGGCUAAUGCUUUACAUCAAGUUACUAAAUGAAUGCGAGUAAUUAUUUUAUAAAAAGAAAAAAGAAUUAAUUUUAGAAAAAAUUCUGAAAGGGGAAAAUUAAUUUUAAAAGAUUUUUUAAGCUUUAGGCACUUAAAAAUUUUUUGCAUUUUGACAUAAUAUUUGUAGUAUUAGACAAUUAUGAUUUUUUGUGAUUUUAAAUUAAAUUUAAACUGGUUUUUUAUUAGAAAAUAAAGAGGUGCAUUUAGUAAUAUUUUUUUUUAUAAAAAUAUAAAAUUUCCUUUACAGAUUAAGGUUGGUUAAAGACUUUUGGGAAGUCCGCUUUUUUUAAAAAGCCUGCAAAUUUUUUGCGGAUCAAAAAUCCAACUGAUUUUUAUCAUCUUUUAAGAGUCCUCAAAGCUUUUUUUGGAUGGGGGA